AUGCCCCGCCUCCCCUCUACCCUCCUCCGUCGCGCAUACACCGUCGAUCCCCUCCUCCCUCUCCUCCUCCGAGAAUGUCGCGAUCUAGACUCCGCGCGGAACGAGCUACGAUGGCUUCGAGAGCACGCACAAUCGCGUGACGCUGCUAACAUCCGCGGCGAUGCCUGGCAGCAGCGGCAGUUGAGAUCUAUGGUGCGGGACCGUUCAAGGGGGAAACCUUUGCAGCCCGAGACGGAAACGUAUACUGCCCGCACCGCGCGACUGAUACUAUCAGAGCUUGGUGCGAGACGGCCUUCCACGGCACCAUUCCGUAUCCUUGAUCUUUGCACCGGCACGGGCUGCAUACCUUUGCUCCUACACUCGCUUCUAGCGCCAUCAAUACCAAAUCUCACCAUAGUUGGGAUCGACAUCAGCCCCAAAGCCCUGAAUCUCGCAAGGCGGAAUUUAGACUACAAUAUUUCGCGAGAGCACCUCUUGCCCCGUGCCAAGCAAGAUGUGCACUUUCUCCAAGCCAAUGUUCUCCAUGACGAAGAGACACAACGGCUAAACGGCGUGGCUACCACAGUCCCAGGUCUCCCGACUGUCCUCCUAGAUUUUCCCCCUGCGGAAGCAAACAGCGGAGCCAAGAAUGCUGAUUGGGAUGUCCUGAUAUCGAAUCCGCCGUACAUCUCAACCGCUGAUUUCGGCGACGGAACUACAAAGCGGAGUGUGAGGCUCCACGAACCGAAGCUGGCGCUCGUCCCUCCGCCGCUGACAUCGUCUGGUCAAAGCCAGAAGAUGGCGUACGACGAGAUAACGGCACGGGAGGAUUCCUUUUAUCCUAGAUUAUUAGAUAUAUCCGAGCAAAUCGGUUCAAAGUUGAGUAUAUUUGAGUGCGGGGAUCUAGGACAAGCUAGGAGGAUUACAGCCAUGGUAGACGAGAGGAAGAGAAGUGGUUCUCUUUCAAGGAAAGUGAAGACUGAAAUAUGGAAAUGUGACGGAUUCGAAGGCAACGAUACAGUCACCUCUGGUGAAGACAUUGGAAACCAGAGUGAUGACGAUCAAGGGGCGCGGGCUGUUGUCAUGUAUAGAAACACUGUAUCACGGUAA